AUGGAUCUGUCCGCCCCGUCCCAAGCCAAGAUGCAGUUCAUCGCGCCCCGGGCUCCGUCACCACCGUCGCCUUCUCGGCACCAACUUGAGAUUCCGAUGCAGGUCCCAAUUCAAGUCUCUGAGCUCGACAUCGCCGCAGAACACGACAUCCCUCCCGUAUAUCGCUUCGAGCCACCCCCCGCGUCACGUUGCGUCGCGUGGCGUCGCGUCAUAUCGUUCACGAUGGCCCCUGGCAAGCCCUACUUCGAUACUGUUACCUCCGAAACCGUGUACGAUCAGCUGUAUCGAUUCGCCUUUCCUACCGCACUGGAUGGGAUGAGCACGAGCGGAUGGGGCGAGGAUCAGUUGGCAGCAUGCCGAGUUCUCGUCGCAGCCAAGACAAAAAACAACAUGUUGCCCAUCCUGCUCAAGAACGACUGCAUACCAACGGCAGAAUUCCAAACCCUUCUCAAACAGGAUCCUACGCCUCCUGAGGGUAACAACAGCUCAGACCGGUCCACCGACCAGCUGCAGCGAAUCUGUCAAGGACCCAGACAUCAUCAGCCACAGACCGAACACCAAAGCGCGUGGACUUAUGGCCAGUCGUUGGGCCAACUUUGGGCCAGCUUGGACAGUGUGAAGGCUAGUAGCUUCCACCAGCUCAGCGGCAACGGGCUGGGCGAAUUCGAGGAAGACAGAGACGUCGUAGCGGAAGCGCAGACAAUCAGUGACGACCUCGUCGAGCCUGAUGAGCCCGAUAGGGCCGACGAAUACGGCGAAUACGACGAGAGUGACGACAGUGACGACAGUGACGGUAUGGACCUUGACGAGACUGGCGAGCCCGACAGGGCUGACGAUCACGACGAGAUCGACGAGCUUGACGGCGGCGACCUCGACAAGAUUGAUGAGCCCGAUAGGACUGAUGAAUCCAUCCUGGGUGACGAACUUGAUGGCGGCGACGGUAGCAUCUUGAACGAAGGCACUGGAGUUGUUGAUCUCCACGACAAUCCUGCUAACAUUCAUGGUUCAUCUGGCGGCGACUUUUCGCGCAAGCGCAAGCUGCCCGAGGUCAAUAGCUCUCCGCCGGGCCCCCGACGCCGACGGUCCACAAGACAAGUUAAGCCGCCGCAUAACCCAGGCUACACCCCUUCAGAUCAAAUGCGAUUCUCGUCGAGCCAAACCUCGGCGCAUCCACCAACCUCGGAACCCGAAGUCUUUUACGGCCCGCCAAGCCCCAAAGCUGCCCAAACGAUUUAUCCCGAGACUCUUACCGUUCGCCUCAUCUCGUCAUUCAUCAGACAAGCUCUUCCCUGGCUACCCUCGCAGAACAGCCCGGAAGCUGACCCGGUCGUCGUGUUUGAGGAUGCCCAAGCUACGUUCCAAGUCAAGCACGGCGAGAUCAACUUCACGUCCCGUGACGACGGUGGUCUUGUCAUCUACUGCGAAGGCCGGCGCUGCGGUCGCGUCGCUCUCCUUGAGGCGAAGAGUUUCGUCGACAGCUAUGUGGAAGGCGAACUCUUGCUGUCGAACAAACGCUUCGGUCAAAUGGUCGGGGAGGCGCUCGCGGCGAGGUUCCAACAAGACCCUGGUGUGUGGACGGGACCUGACGGAACAAUCAUCGUCAUCGCUGCGGUUCGGCAUUACCUCCGCUUUCUGCAAGUGGGCAUUUCGGACACGUACCUCACGCAGCUGAAGCGGUAUGCGGGAGGCGGCAACGACGCCCCCACCGAGUUCAUCCGCGUCGAUGGCACUCGCUGGUUCGACCUCGCUAAUGCGUCCGACCGACGAUAUACCGUGCAAAACCUAGAGGGGAUUGUGUGCUUAGUCCGCAAGGGGUUUAGCAGGCGAGACUAG